AUGGCCGACAUUGAGCCUGAAAUCCUAAUCUUGGUCCUCAACAAGGAUCGAUCUUCCUGGAGCCACGAUUUUCGCUCGACGGAUCGAUCUAUUUAUGACUUUUUGGAUCUCUUGGUCUCGACGGGGCUGGAUUUCACCAAUGUCACUCUGGGCUUCAUGACAACGUCGCAAGACGAGUUUGCCGAGAUGAAAAUGGCAUCGUCUGAGCUCCCAUUUGCCCGAACAGUACUCUUCUACCAGCAAGACGACGGGCCCAAGUUUUCCUAUCAAGAAAGGCACAAUCCCGUCGUGCAACGCGAGCGCCGGGCCUGGAUCGCCGCAUUGAGGAAUUAUCUCACACUGCGCACUCUGGAAGACGAAAAGCACAUUUUUUGGGUGGAUGCAGACGUGGUCGAGUUCUCAAACGGAAUCCUACAGACAAUGCUGUCGCACACAACUGCGCGCGACGAUGUUGGUGUCCUGACCACUCGGUGUCAGCAGCACUUGAUUGAGAGCUACGACAAGAAUGCCUGGGUGAUUGACAGGGACAAGGCGCAACUGCUGGGUCCAGUGGACGACGAGGCAAGGCAGGACGCCCUGCGAGAACUUGUUGGAUCAAGACGCUACGCCGACGAGAUCAUCAAGGGCACGGGCGAUAACGAUUUGAUACCUCUGGACAGCACCGGAGGAACGCUGCUGUAUAUUCGCUCGGACCUGGUCAGAAAAGGGCUCAUCUUUCCCACCUAUAAUGUUGUCGGGUCCACCUGGAGUCAAGAUGGCUGGAUCGGCAUCGAGACCGAGGGCUUAUGCUACGCUGCAUCGCACAUGAAGGGGGGCGGUUGCUUCGUCCUUGGGGGAGAUCAUCACAUUCGGCAUGCCGAUUGGGGCUAA